UUAUUGAGGUCACCAAAACGUUCUCCUCCUCACCGUCGAGAGUGACCUGGCUCUGUUCGGCAUGAAUGAAAAAUUAAUUGAUCGACGCCGACGUUUGUUUCAUUGCACGCAUCCUGCCAGUCCAUUCGCCCCCUCAAAGGGAUUGCUAUAUGGUUACAGCGAAAAAACUUUAACUGGUGGCUUGACGUGCGCGGCGGCUCUCCGUAGCCUUCCCCGGGAGCACCUGUUCCAAGUCCGCAGGCAUGUCGGCCGGGGGCUCCGACGGCACGGCGGACAGACCGGCAGAUCAAGCUGCAGAGGAGGAGGAGGGGCCAAGCCAAGCAGGAUCCGCGAUGCCAUCUGUUGAGCUGCCAAGGAAACGGAAAGGAGAGGUGGAGGAGAGGCAAAUCCUCAACUUCAAUUUGGAGGAUGACCUCUGCAGAUCUGAGGAGGAGGAUCAGCAAGUCAAAAUGAAAUGCUUCAGGGAGCCUCACCGGCAGAUUGAAAAGCGGCGGAGAGACAAAAUGAACAACCUCAUUGACGAGCUUUCUGCCAUGAUUCCUGCCUGUCAGCCCAUGGCACGAAAACUCGACAAGCUCACUGUUCUACGGAAAGCUGUGCAGCACCUGAAAGCCCUUAAAGCUGGGGCAAGCGGCGCCUUUACAGACACCAAGCACAAGCCCUCCAUCCUGCCUCAGGACGAACUUAGGCACCUUCUGCUCAGGGCUGCAGAUGGCUUCCUCUUAGUAGUAAGGUGUGACCGGGCGAAAAUGCUGUUCAUCUCCGAGUCUGUCUCCAAGAUCCUUAACUUCAGCAAGCUGGAGUUAACCGGGCAGAGCUUGUUCGAUUUCAUCCACCCCAAAGAUAUCCACAAGGUGAAGGAGCAGCUUUCAUCCUCAGAAAUGCUCCCCCAGCAACGCCUUGUCGACGCAUCAACUGGGGUUCAGGUCCAGGCGGAUGCCCACGUCAGGCCAUCUCACUUGGCCACUGGAGCUCGGCGAUCCUUCUUCUGCCGUAUGAAGCACAGUCGGGUCACAGGGAAGCACGAAGACAAGCACUCGCUGCCUGGCGUUUCUAAGAAGAAAGAAACCUACAGAUACUGUACCCUCCACUGCAUCGGAUACAUGCGGACCUGGCCGAGCAGCCAGCUUGACCCUGAGGCCGACUGCACAGAUAAGGAGACCUCCAGCCUGAACUGCCUGGUGACGGUGUGCCGCCUCCACCCCCCCGUUUCCCACCAGCCCCCAAAAGACGUCAACAUCAAAGCCACUGAGUUCGUAACCCGCUGUGCAAUCGACGGCAAGUUCACUUUUGUAGAUCAACAAGCUACGACAGUCAUUGGGUAUUUGCCGCAGGAAGUUCUUGGUACAUCCUGUUAUGAGUACUUCCACCAGGAUGACCUGCAGCAUUUGGCAGGGAAGCACAGGCAAGUUCUUCGAAGCAAAGAGAAGGUUGAGACACAGUGCUACAAGUUCAAAACAAAACACGGGUCCUACGUUAUGCUCCAAAGCCAGUGGUUUAGUUUCACAAAUCCAUGGACCAAAGAAGUCGAGUUCAUCGUCUCUUCAAACAAGGUUGUCUCGGGGCCUGGUAACGCAAAAGAUGAAAGCGAGGCUGGCAGCUCGACAUUGGCUCAUGAGGAGGCAAAGCAAAUCCUGGAAAUUCCUGGCCUCUCCACUGGUGUGGGCAUGAUGAUCUACGCAGGCAGCAUAGGGACCCAAAUUGCUAAUGAACUGGGUGACACAUACAGGGCAAACUCAUCCCCAUCAAGUGAAGCUUCAAGUCCAUUUGGCUCUGUCCAGGAGAAAUGUCCACUGACCAGCAGGAGUACUUCCAGCAGAGAGGAGGAAGCCGGCAGCUCUUCACACUCCCAGUCGCUGGCUGAUUCCAGUAAAGAAGCUUCUGGAAGCAGCGAGGCAGAGUGUCGAGGUGAGUCAUCCCAGCUGGACUUGGAUGUCCCGGGGCUCAGCAGCUUCAGCAGCGACGAGGCGGCCAUGGCCGUCAUCAUGAGCUUGCUGGACUCUGACGUGAACAUGGGCCAAUCAGGGGACUUUGAGGAUUUACACUGGCCUUUUUAAAAGGAUCUUGGACUCAGUCCCUGUUUUAAGGUUCUUCUGCUCUUUUCUUGCCAUAUGCCAAGAACCUGUGAACCAUUGAAACAAUUAUCUGAAGGCUUACCUGUUCUCAAACAACCAAAAGCACUGGACUUGUCCUAAAGGUUGUACCAUGUCUUACUUGAGGACUGCCGGACAGUAACUUCAGAAGUAUAGUAACUGAUCAACGUUUUGGUCUCUUGGUUCUUGCUUAAAGCAAAAUGAGGUUGAAAUACCUCUGCAGUUAGUGGUGAGUCAGUCUUCCUCAGCGAGACCAUAGCACCUCAAGAGGGUCUAGACCAACUCUUUCCACAAGAAACAAAAGGGUUUGCUCUGCUGCCAUCAACUACCAAGGCAUGAAAAAGGCCGAGACUGCUGCUAUAGAAACCUCAGACUUUGAACAGCUGUGUAGCCACUGGUACACAGCGAAGAUUGUCAUAUUUUUUCAUUACAUGGAUGGUUUUGUGUGUUUGUGUUUUUUUUAAAUACCUAUUUGCAAAAAUUAUUAAGUAAAAGUAAAACAAUUCUCUAAAA